CUCGCUACUGCGGAAAUGGCGCUUGCGUCGGCGGGCUGCCUCGUGGCUUGUAUGAGAGGCUAUAACGGCAGCACGAACGAGAAGCUUGGUCUCAUCGACCGAGACUUCGGUGGACAGGGAGUGGUAGUUGGCAGCACCAAUACACAGCUAGGCCAUAGCAUCGUCGGGGCUGGUGAUUCGCCGUCCAUUGGUGAACAAUUUGCCGACCAAUCAUUGGGAAAAGUGUUGUCGAAAUAUCCAAUGGAAGUCGUUAAGAUGGAGCAGCAGCAGCUGACCACGACGGAUGGGCAGCAGGUGACCGUGAUGCAGGCAGUGCAGGGCGGGCAGCCCGUGCAGGUCCUGCAGGUCGGCCAGGGUCAGGUCCUUCAGGGAAGCGGCGGCCAGCAGAUCAUGCUGCAGACCCUCCCGCAAGGCACCCAAACCAUUCAGAUGGCUCCGGGCAACAUCCAGGUGCUGCCUAUGUCUGCUAUCCAGGGCUCGACCGGCACUCAGCAAAUCGUCCUGCAGCAGCAACCCCACCUGAUUCAGACCUCUGACGGACAGACCUUCAUCUAUCAACCUAUGGUGGAAAAUCAGGGCGGAGUUGUCCAACAGACACAGCCAACAGUUAUCAAUCUAAAUGGAAACAUCCUACAAAUCGCAAACCCGAGUCAAAGCGCCAGCUCGAGUCAGCAAACGCAGGCACAAGCGACCACAAGCACUGCUUCCGCCACAAUUCCUCAAAGUCUCAGCAACGGCAAUUAUGUCAUGCAAGUGGUCCCAAACAGCUCGUCGAACUCAACUAACGUAGCCAGUUUCCAAAGAAUGCCGAUUGCUACAAAUGAGAUCCUUGAGGAAGAGCCACUCUACGUGAACGCCAAGCAGUACAGGCGGAUUCUGAAAAGACGGCAAGCUCGAGCUAAACUCGAGGCAGAGGGAAGAAUACCGAAAGAGAGGCCGAAAUAUCUCCAUGAAUCAAGACAUAGACACGCCAUGAACAGAAUAAGAGGGGAAGGCGGACGGUUUCACUCAGGCUCUUCCAAAAAGAGACGAAACGCAGAGGCGAAAGCUGCAGCCGCCGCCGCUGCUGCUGCUGUGAACGCGGCCCAGCUGGGCCAACAGGGAGACCCAAAUGCCGCAACCCUGACCAACAACACUUUGGUUAUUGAGGUGCAGCCGGGCGGCAACUUUGACUUGCAGGGCAUGUGAGAUACGGGCCAGCAGGAGCUGAUUGUUCCUACCACUGCAGACAAUUUGAAAAACUUCGUAAUGGUGUUGCAAAGCGGUGGACUCGUAGCAGGAUCGCUCGUUUGAUUGAGCAAUCCGUGCGCCAGAGUGGACAGUGUGCUUGGUUGGUCGAAUAUCUGCUUGAGUGACCUGAAAAUUAUGAUACAUUUUGUGUAAUAACUGUAUUUUUCCCAUGGGAUGAACGAUUUUCUUAAGUAAAUGCAAUUUUACGGAGAUCAGAGUGUGUUAUGAUUCCAAAUUUAAAUUAUUGAAAUUCUUUUACGCGUAAAAUGUUUGAAGAUGCUCGCCAGAGAUGUGAUUUACUUCACUAAUAAUGUUGUACCUACCUUGGUUCUUCAGUUACGAGUGUCAAGAAAAUGUUUAUUUUUUCAAAUAAGGACGUAUUAGAGUAGGAACCUUAAGUUCUUUUGCCAGGAGUUUAAAACUUCUUUGUAUCCAGUUCGCAAUCUACUCCUGAUUUGAAGCGUAUCUUGCCAUUUUCUGGUAAGGUGGAUGGUCGAGUAUUAUUUUUUUUAGUUUAAAACUCGUUGGUAGCAAAAUUGGUCAUAAAUUGUACAUAUGCGCAAGAGCGCAAACUGAUCUCUACCCGCAGCACAAAUUCCACAUGCAUUCAAAAUUGAUUAUUUUAAUACUUCACUUUAAAAUUAUAUCAUAAUAACGCUGUGAAUGCACGGCAUCUCCACCAAAUCUAAUGUACAACUUUCAAUCUAACAAAUUAGAUAGCAUCUAAUUGUGCCCUGACCCUAAGCAAAGCAAAAGGAAAGAAUGAAAUUGUAGCACCUGGAGGGACAGGGAAAAGAAGACUUGAGGUGAAUGAUGAUGAAUUUAAGUGAAACGGACUAAUAGUGCUCAUUAUUGUUUUGCUCAUUUCGCUGUUUGAACAAGAAAUUGAACCAUUCUUACUAAAUGCACUAGGAUUGCAUGACAAUAAAGGUUAAUCACAGAAAACACUUUUGAAUAAAA